AUCACAACUCAUUGCAGACUCUGACGCGACGAACUGUUAGAAAAACGAAUCGGAAUUUCAAGCGUGAAAUAUUCUUAAAUUUAAAGUGAAUUUUAUAAGAAAAGGAAUAAAAAAAACUUUGAAAAAAAAGAAUUAAGAUAACAAGAAAGAAAUCAGAAUGAAAGUGUUUAUAAUUAUCGCAGUGUUAUUUGCCAGCACUUUGGCUGCACCUGGUGUUAUUGAUAAUCAGAUCGAAAGUGACAGUUCGGUUAGCAAAGUGAUGAAAUAUUUCGGAAGUUGCUCUGACAACGAAGACAUCACUUCAUGUCUUGCAAUCAAAGGAAUUACUGCAUUGAAUCGUGCUGCUCGUGCAUCAAACAUCAAAAUCACUGAAGGAGUUGUUCUGGCAAGAGAUCCAACUUACACAUCUCGCGCCGGAAAGGCAGUUUCAGAGAAUGAAAUCGUCUCUUCCCUCCCAACUGAACCGGAACAACGAUCAGCACGUUUAUACGACAUGGCUUUGGAUACAUUAAACAACUUCCUUGCCUCUCAUACUCUUCAGUUCAAAUUCCCAGCUGACACAACCCAGGAAGUCUCACGUGCCAUUGAUGAAGGUCGUGGGAAAUUGAAGAAGUUGAUUGGACCAUUGCUUAUGGGUCUCAUCGGAAAGAAGAUGCUCGCUAUUGUUCCAAUCUUCAUUGUCGGCUUAGCUCUCUUGGCAUUCAAAGCUUUGGUUGUGUCUAAGAUUGCAUUACUCUUGGCUGUAGUCUUGUUGGUUUCAAAGAUAGCAGGAGGAGGAGGCUCAGGCGGUGGUGGCGGUCUUGGAAUCUUAGGAAAAGUUGCUGGUUUGUCAGGAGGAUUAGGCGGUGGAUUGUUGGGCGGAGGAUCAAGCGGUGGCUAUGCUAACUCUGCAGCAACUGCUGGAGGAUAUGGCGGUGGUUCUCAAGGAUGGUCAUCAGGCGGUGGUGGCGGAAGCUACCCAUAUGCGCGUAGCUACGACGUUGCCCAAGACUUAGCUUACAGCGGUCAAGCUCAAACCGAAUAAACUUUAACACUUUUCACACUACUAACACCUCUGAAAGCUAUCAAAGAUUUUACUCUUAAGAACUUAUUCUAUCUCAAACACAUGCCAGUAACGACUUGAAAUUUGAAACUAUCCCAAAAGAAUGAUAACUUUAAUUAUGGACAAAAUGAAUGAUGCCAAAACUAUUUUCUCAUCUACUUAAGUCUUCGUCUAAUCCUCACUCACCUUCCAUCAACUAACAACUGAAAUAAUUUCUCAUUUCUAUAACAUGAACCAACAAUUACCUUUAAAAAUUAAUUAAUUAAUUUAUAAUUCGAAAUGUUUAUUUAUUUAAUUUAUUUGAUUUGAUUCUCGAAAAUUAAUUUAUUGAAUGAAUGUUCAACAAUUUAAUGACAAAACAAAAAGACAUGAAAUAAAAGUAAAAAGAAGAUUUUUGCAAAAAGAAUUAUUUAUGAGUUUCUGUUUCUUACGCAACUCUUGAAUCAUAAUAAUCAGCCGGAACAAUAUCUUCAAUCAAAGAAACGCUUAAUCGUUCACUUUCAUCUUCGAUCGCUUUUUUUCUUGUUUCGGAAGCGUAACGAAUUUUUAUUGGUUUCAGACGUCAGUGGGAGAGACAGAUAUCGAAACGGAUUAUACGCAUCAUUAGUCAG